CAGUAUUGCCCAAGCUCACAAACCGAGAGGUUGUUACACUAUCAUCCUCAUCUUCAUCACUGAGAAAAUGUCGAAACUGAUUCUUUACACGAUCCAUGUAAGCCCACCAUGCCGAGCGGUAGAACUAACCGCCAAAGCGUUGGGUAUCGAUCUCGAUCAACGCGUAGUCAACUUGCUGGAGGGUGAACAUCUUAAGCCGGAAUUUCUCAAGCUGAACCCCCAACACACCGUUCCGGUGUUGGAUGAUAAUGGUACAAUUAUCGCCGAAAGUCACGCCAUCAUGAUCUAUCUGGUGUCGAAGUAUGGCAAAGACGACAGUCUGUAUCCGAAAGAUCUGGUCAAACAAGCGAAAGUGAUUGGGGCUCUCCAUUUCGAGUCCACGGUGUUGUUCGCCCGCGCCAGAUUCCUGUUUGAACCCAUCAUCUUCUUCGGAUGCAGUGAAAUCCUCCCGGAUAGAGCGGAAUAUGUGGAAAAAUCGUAUCAGAUUCUGGAGAACACUCUCGUCAAUGAAUACGUUGCUGGGGACUCACUAACUAUUGCUGAUUUCAGUUGUAUUUCGAGUGUUUCGUCAUUGAUGGGUAUUAUUCCGAUAGAUGAGCAGAAAUAUCCGAAAAUCCAUGCCUGGAUUAAACGUCUGAAGGCGCUACCCUACUACGAGGAAGCUAACGGCAGUGGAGCGGACGAGGUCGUCAAGUUAGUUUUGAGUUCGAAAGAAAAGAACGCGUCCAAGAUUUGAACAUGUGUAAUCUUCCAAUCACUUAGGAAGUGAACAAAUUGUUUCAAAUUUGAAAUAAAAGCGGUUUUUCAAUAA